AUGAGAACUUGUCAUUGAGAGCACGUAGAUCUCUGGAUUUGGGCUCCCGUCAUAUAGCACAAAAUUCAUCUUGGUGCUCUCUCCACUUUCGGAGCUGUGAAAAUGUUUCCAUCACCACCUGCUGGCCUAUGGCGAUGGUCACCUAUAUUCAUAAAUAUUGAGAGAUAAUUGACGGUAUUGGCACAUAUUAGUCAAGACCUGGAGGAGGAUAAAUUGAAUCUAGAGGCCAAGGAUCAACAUGUCUGAUGCUGCAUAUACAACCUUCCCUGGAUUGAAUCAGGCCCUUGAAAGCCGCUGGGCCAUUCGCAAGAAAUGCCAGGCUGUUGAGCUGUGCUUAGACGCCAACAGGGACAACUACCGUGGAUUCUUCGAGCAGUGCUUUUCUCAGCUCCUGAAGCAGAUUUUUGGCUAUGAUGGAUCCAGCUGGCUGGAUCAAGUUGCCCAGGCAAGUCCAAGUGGCGAGGAGGCCAAUGCGCGAGCCCUUGAGGACCUGCUCUCACCCCACGGCAAGCUGUUCAGGGCCAUGCACAGCGCGGAUGCUGAUGGGCUCAUCAAAUUCAUGUUCCCCCUAGAGCGCCUCCCCACACACACGCAGCUUCUUCUUGCAUCAGAGGGGGGCAGGCAGGAGCUGGAGCGCUGGCCUCAGUACAGGGGCCGCAUAUUCCAGGACGCGCAAGGGCGCACCCAGAUCCACCUCAACGUGCUCUCCUAUUUCCUCUUCUGGAUGGCCUUCUAUGUGCUGCGCGGCAGCCAGGCGCAGUCCCUCGCUGCACCCACGCGCGCCGCCCUCUACAGCCACCUCAACCCCUCCUUCGGCUCUGUCAAAAAGACACUGGGGCUGACGAGGAGCCAGGAGCCAGUGGAGGGGCACCCUUACCUGCGCCUGCUGCGGCUGUAUCUGGAGGAUUUCCUGCCGCGUGACGAUGCCAGCAGGCUUGCAGACCGCAGCAAUGGUCUGCGGGGGUCGGGAGCAGCGGGGUCGUCGCAGAUGCUGAUGGGUUUGCCGGCGGCGGCGGCUGCUCGGCCGGCCGCGCAGGAGCACCCAACGCGUGGCGAGCUGCUGCUGUCGGUGUUCAUGGAGUUCUGGAUGGCCGACGGCGACUGCCCAUUGCCCGGAGCGCCCCUGCCUGGCGGCGGCAGCGGUCCCAACACGCCAAAUGCGCGCAGCGGCCGCGACGGCUGGCGGGACUUCAACGACAGCUGGGGCGGCCUCCUCUCCGCACGAUCCUCCUCCCUCAGGGCGGUGUCGUUUGAUCCCCCCGGCGAGGAUCUGGUGGGGGCUCUGGUGGUGCUGGCGCGCUACGUUGUGUCGGUGGAGACGCCCGGCAGCAAGGACGGUGCUUACAGCCUUGCGCAGGCCGGCGCCUCAGCAUGGCUGCCGCUGUCUCCAGUGCAGCCCCUCGUCUCCAUGCAGGCGUUCGCUCGGAACCUGUACCGGCUGCUGCGCAGGGCCUUCACCCAGUGGCCGGAGCAGCGCGCCGUCACCCCCAUCGUGCACCUCUGGUGCGCAUAUAUUGCGCCGUGGUGGCCGCCGAACGGCGCCACGGCCGCGGCCUCGGGGGGAGGCCAGCCGCAGCCGUCGCCGGGGGGCGCCCCGCAGGCGCUCAGGCGGCAGCUCAGCCACGUGGGCGAGCUUGUCGUGCGCCGCGCGCCGGGAGAACCCCAGCAACAGCAAGGGGAUGCCUCGGCGGGGCGUUUCAGCGGGGCGCAGUGGCAGUCCCACGUGCUGGCAAACAUGCCCUUCUACUCGCUGCUGCUGCCGCUGUUCCUGGAAUUCACGCGCUCGCGCGUCUCCUUCCGCUGCGACGAGUCCCUGGAGGGCCUCAAGCGGGUGCUGUUGAUAUUCGCGCAGGCGCCGGAGCUGUGCGAGCUGAUCGCGGCGGUGGAGGACGACUACGCACGCUUCCUGCAGCACCCCGGCCGCCGACCGGAGGGGCCCUACGCGGAGCUGCUGCCCUUCCUGGCUGAGCAGGCGCAGGACUGGGAAGCCGCCGCGCUCGCCACGUCAUCCGCCGGGUCUCCCACCUCCUCUGCGCUGCCAGAGCUGCAGAUGUUUUCGCGGGAGGCGGGCGGCGCGGCCGCAAAGGCGCAGGAGGUUCUGACAGCCGCGGCCGGGGCCGGGCGCGACUCGCUGCUGGCCGAUGUGCGCGCUCUGGCCGCCGCCGUGCUGCCCAUGCGCGCCGCUGAGGCCACCGCCACGCAGCCGACUGGCGCCGCCGCAGCCGCCUCGCAACCGCUGCCGCACGUCCGGGCGCUAAGGCUGGGACGACGGGAGGACCUGGGUUACAGGGGAGACCCGCUGCGGCGGCCCAUAGCGUCGAACGAGAUAGCCUGGCUUGUGCGCGCUCUCGUGCACGCCUCGGAAGCGGCCAACGGUGCCCUUGGUCUCGACCGGCCUGCCACAGAGGAGGAGACAGCACAGGGAGGCCUUGUGCAGCAUGCAAAGGAGGUGCUGCGAAAGAGGGGUGGCAUAAAUAUGCGCAACCCCUGGGGCAUGUGCCUGGCCGAGGUGCAGACGCUAAUAUGGAUCCCAGUGCUGCUGACAGCGCUGCGGCUGAGCUGGCACACCCUGGCAUUCAUCUGGCGAGUCAUCACCGAACCUUAUGAGGAAGACCCCCACCCGUCCCCCAGCAGCGGCUAUGAACAUGGCCAUGACCACAGCUCCUAUAGCCACGAAGCAUCCCUGUAG